AUGAUGGAAAUUUUCCCAGAAGCUUUCGGGAUGGGAGCUCGGUCUAUUUGGCCAAUGAUUUUGGACGAAAUACAGUCUCCGCCCACUCCAAUGGAAGACUUGAUUGACAUGCCGAGAUCCACGACGAGUGCUCCCAGUCCCGCCAAAGACCCCGUUUGGACUGGUGGAAUUGUCUCUUUACCAACCGUCGACGAUUUUAUAUCCAGGAUUCAGCUGAUAAAUAUCCCUCCCAAAAACCUCUCUUGGAUGAUAAAGACCUGCAAACAACACGGGGUGUCCAUCAACAGCUACCUCCAUGGUCACAUCUGCGCAUGUUUGUGCAGAGCCAUUGGUGGAACUCCUGAUUUCCGUGCGGUCACGCCCUUCUCGGUACGUGGACUCACAAAGGCGAGCCCACGGGACAUUGUCAAUCAUAUCUCGUACAUGUCCACGCAUGUUUCUAAUGCGAAGAUGAAGGGUAUUCGGGAGAGCAUACCGCACUCCCUAACCGAGCACGAGUGCAUCAUCAAUCUUGCCAGAGACUUCGGCCAAGACAUUGCAGCUGAGGUGAAGCGGUUUCCGCGAGACAGCGCCCUUGCGAACCUGUGGCAAAUCCAGGACAUUCGGUCACAUUGCCUGAACCAGGAAGGGAAGAAGAGAGAGUGCACCUACGAGUUAUCGAAUCUUGGCGCCACCGAGAACCAAGCGUCAGCAGACAGUCCUCUCACUCUUGAACGCCUCAUGUUCACGCAGAGCGGCAUGGUUGCCGGCCCAGCGAUUGGGUUCAACUGUGUUAGUAUCCGAGGCGGCCCUCUAACAAUGGCUAUCACAUGGCAGUACGGGAUUGUGGACGAGUCGUUGAUAAACACUUUGGCACAUGGAUUGGAAAAGCGCUUGAUGCAAGAGCGUCCGCAGACUCCUGCUCCUGUCGAGGAAACGGGAGGAAACAGGCCGGGGAGGUGGCGUUGA